AUGUCCUUAUCUGGUCUGUCAGGCACAGGAAGCUCAAUGAAUGGAGCACAGUUGACAAAAACAACCUUGGUCAAAAGCUCUCUAACAAUGAGUUCGUCUCGUCUGAGCAACGAGCCACCAUUAGCCUCAAUUCCUUUGAUCAAGCUGUUUGCCUUUCUUGGACCUAAUCCAGAAAUGUAUUGUAGCAUAGUUGCAAGAUAUGGUGAUCUCACGGCAUCAUUGAUCUUAAUACCGACCAAGCAUGCCACAUCCACAAAAAUGGAGUCGACGGCUUCUUUAACUUUGUCGUUACUGAGCAAGUUCUGGUGCUUGUGGAUAGAAAUCGAAGUAACCGCAUCUCCCAAAGUCAUGUAUUCGAGCAAUGGACUCUGGACAUAUCUUGCAAUCCCAAUACAGAACCGCGCAACUUGCGGUUUGUCACUAAACUCUUCAAGGGCUCUAUCGGAAUGUUCCACAACAGUUGGAAUCAAUUUCUUCAACGCCAAAUCCAAACAAUCCUUUCUCAGAGAAUUCCAAGAAUUACUGAGAUCAGAAGUACCAUCCGACGAGAUGAAAGUAAAGAGAUGGUCCGUGAAGCUGGCAAAAGCGUUCUUCAAAGCAACCUUCACUCUCACCAAACCCAAGGAUUCAGCUUCCAACAUCCGCAAAAACAGAUCUGGUUGCAGGGUGAAAGAUUCCAAAGGUCUGUUGAUAGCAUACUUGAAAUCGGCAUAUGGCGAGCUAUCCGUGAUUUUGAAUUUACCCUUCUCGGUCAGUUCAAUGUCAACACUGGCGAAGCUUUGGAAUGCAAGUCUCAAAUGCGCUUUGAGCUUAGGAUUAUUGAACAACUGUUCUGAAAACAUGUGCUUCACGGCGGUAGAAGCCUUCUCGACAGAGUCAAAGAUAGAGUGA